AUGGUCACCGACCUCGAGGCUGAAUACUUGGAAAAGCCGGGAAAGCCCAAAACCUCUGGCCAUCCUGAGCCAGAGGACCAAACACGAGAUCCACGAUCCAGGAAACCUCUUCCACUCGAUGAACGCCCGCUACCACCGCUUCCUCCCUGGGUAUCCGAAUCCAAGCCAGAGUUGCCCUUGUCAGCUAAACGCCUGAGUGAUAUGACCGAAAAGUGCUUGUCUAUGUAUUUCGAUAGUCUUUUGGACACGUCCCGACGUGGGCUGGUGCUAGACGACAAUCAUGGUGAUAGAUCUCGAUCUUUCAAAGCAGAUGGUCCCUCGUCGAUGCCAGCAAACGGCCCGGGCCCCGGUUAUCUGGUGCGUAAGGAUCCUCGCAGCCGAAGUGCCUCUGGAUCUGGUGAACGAGACCAACCUUCUCUGCUGAAGCAGAGCUCCCAUCUGUUGGCACCCCAAAUGGCUCAAUGGAAAGGGAAUGACACGACAGUCCGAACUCGUGCCAAUUCAGACUUGCGGUCCGGACCCCAGCUUGAUACCCACCAGCAGGAGACAGUGCGACCCUUGGAUUCCGAAGACAAGAACCAUGAGAAUCAACCGUGGAUCUUUGCACGGUUAGAGCAACACAUAAUUGCCUCUUUAAAAGGUAUUGACACUCUGAACUCAUCCUUUUCUACAUAUCAACCGUCUGUUCGAUCUGCGAGCAGCGGAGCUCCGCCGAAGAUGAAGCUAGACCCAACUAGCAUGGCCGAGUCCACGUUCAAUGUACCUGUGUUUGAGCCUGACGCCAAGACACUCUUACUUGGAGACUUGGCUGAAAAUUCCUCAUGGUGGAUGACUGAGUGGGCUCAGGCGGAGGGGCAGAUGCCUUCAUCAACAAAGGAGAAAAAUUCAAAUGCCUCUCGCCUGAUAUCUUUCAGAAGCCCUCGCAUAAACUGGGCAGAGGUGGCUCGGUGGUAUCAACUGCUUCUCACGGCGGGUUCGUCUUGGCCCGAUCGUUGGAUGGCCAAGAAACCGGAUCCAUCUCGUUCGGAGGCAGACUCAAUCCGCUUCAGCAGAUGGCAGUCAAUUGAUCUUUCCAUAAUCGACAAGGAAAUAGUCGAUUCGCGUAUGCAUCUCCAGCGAACCUUGAUGAAAGCCACAGAGAAUCUUCUGAAGCGCCCCAGGCGUGUUCUCAAAAAGGCGGAAGACACGAGGUGGCUAUUCAUUCUUCUGGCAAAUCCCUUGCUGUCAGCUUCUGGCUCCCACUUCCAUGAUAGAACACCUCAAGCGCCUCACCGUGAGGACCGGCGUCCAUCAAUCCCAAAGAACAGCCCACGCCCCACAACAAGAGAAGGCAGGCCGUCUCGCAAAGACCUACCCGCGCCAACGGUUCGUAACGGCAGUGCAAGCAAUCACUGCGGAAUCAUCAAGCGUAUUCUAGGCUUGAUGUCAAAUGUGUCAAAUGAGUGCCAUCAUCACUUUAUCUCUUGGUUUUCUCGCUUUUCAGUCGGGCAAUUCGAACGCCUGGUAGAACUGACGGGCGGAUUUGUGACUUAUCGGCUGACCCGCCAACAUGGCCGCAAACGCAGCGAGGUCCCCAAAGAGGGAGACGAACUUGUUCCAAGUUUUGCAAGUGCUGCAGGCAACACGCCUGCUGAGUUACAUGCGGCCAUCAACAACCGACGGAGCCCGAACAAGCAACCGGCCAAGAAGGAAGAGCCGCCUGUAGUAUAUGCAGAGGAUUGGCAAAUCAGAGCGGCAUCGAGAAUCUUAUCGCUGCUAUUCACUGCGAAUACUCAGGUAUCGCGCAAGUCAGAUGCACUCGCUCUGCAAGAUUCAAAGGCGAUACGCCAUGUCAACAAUGGCAUGCAACAGUCAAACCGCCAUGACGGCUAUCGGGUCCCGAUCAGUGCCUUCUACAAUACCUUGUUGGAUUACUCUGAUCUCAUCGCCGAUUUCGAGAUCUGGGAGUCGAAAAGCUCCAAAUUUUCUUUCUGCCAAUAUCCCUUCUUCCUCAGCAUCUGGGCGAAGAUCCAUAUCCUAGAGCAUGACGCACGCCGGCAGAUGGAAGUCAAGGCCCGCGAAGCAUUUUUCAAUAGUAUUCUCAACCACCGUGCUGUCAGCCAAUAUCUUGUGCUGAAGGUUCGUCGGGAUUGCCUUGUUGAGGAUAGUCUUCGAGGAGUUAGCGAGGUCGUCGGCUCAGGACAAGAGGAAAUCAAGAAGGGUCUUCGCAUUGAAUUCCUUGGAGAGGAAGGUGUCGAUGCCGGUGGCCUCCGUAAAGAAUGGUUUCUUCUUCUUGUUAGGGAGAUCUUCGACCCAGACCACGGACUAUUCGUUUAUGAUGAUGACUCGCAAUAUUGCUAUUUCAACCCUCACUGUUUUGAAUCGUCUGAACAGUUCUACCUGGUUGGUGUUUUGCUUGGGCUUGCUAUUUACAACUCCACUAUUCUUGACAUCGACUUGCCACCAUUUGCUUUCAGGAAACUGCUUGCUGCCGCGCCGCAGAAUUCUGGGCCACACCCGGCAAACCCUCAUCGUUCAAAAUUCAAAUGCACUCUGGAUGACCUUGCUGAAUUCCGGCCUGCGCUUGCCAAAGGACUCCGCGGCCUACUUGAGUUUGAGGGUGAUGUUACCGAAACCUUUUGUUAUGAUUUUGUCGCCCAAGUCGACCGUUAUGGAGAAGUUUUGGAUGUCCCUCUUUGCACAGGAGGGGAGAAACGGCCCGUCACAAAUGCAAACCGACGUGAGUUCGUGGAAUUGUAUGUCCACUACCUGCUAGAUGCGGCAGUGGCCCGACAAUUUGAGCCAUUUAAGCGUGGCUUCUUCACCGUCUGUGGUGGAAAUGCCUUAUCACUCUUUCGAUCAGAAGAAAUCGAGCUGCUAAUUCGCGGCUCUGACGAAGCCCUUGAUGUGUUGUCCCUGCGGGCAGUGGCCACAUAUGAUAAUUGGUCAUCCCGUCGACCUGAAUCCAUUGCCGUUGUGCAAUGGUUCUGGGACUUUUUCGAGGCAUCACCGCCCCAAGCACAACGGAAGAUCCUAUCAUUCGUCACCGGCAGCGAUCGGAUACCUGCGAUGGGCGCCACUAGCCUCUCUAUUCGGCUUGUCUGUCUCGGAGAUGAUUGUCCCCGCUACCCAAUCGCACGGACCUGCUUCAAUACUUUGGGCCUAUAUCGUUAUGCCACCCGAGAAAAAUUCCAAAGAUUACUCUGGGAUGCCGUUGUAAAUAGCGAAGGCUUUGGAUUGAAAUGA